UUACCGUUGCCACGAAACAGGUCCCACAGAUCUCUUGAACAUGCCCACUAGAAGUAGAAGUCCUGUCAAAACGUUAUCAAAAUGCCUAUCGCCAUCAAAGAUUACACUUGGGAGGAAUCGGAGAUUGAUGUUCACGUCACGGUCCCCAUCAAAGGAAACAAUUCAUCAAAGGCAGAUUUGUUUUCAAGUGAUGAGUACAUCAAGGUAAACAGUCCACCAUACCUCUUUGAGGUGUUCCUUUAUGCUGGAGUAGACGACAGUAAGAGUGUAGCUCAGCUUGGAGAUGGGGUCAUCGUCUUCAAACUCUUCAAAAAAGAACCAGGAAUAUGGGGUCAACUCUCAUCCUCGGCUCAAGGUGACAAAGACGUAAUGAAAGCCAAAAGAGACGAUGCGGUGACAGAGAAACAUAGAAGAAUCGAGGAAGAAAUGGAAGAGAAGAGAAGAAAGAAGCGAGAGAAAGAGAAACUGGCAUUGAAUGAACAGAUGAGGCUUGAGAAUGCAGAGAAGGAGAAGAUUUAUGAGACAAAGCAGGCUGAGAUCAAACAAGCGACAGAGGAGAUUGAGGAAUUCAAGAGGAAACACCAACAGAGUGGUGAUCCUACUCACAGACACGAUGAUGGCGACGAUGAGCACGAAGAAGACGACGAGGAGAUCACUCAUUCACCUGAAGAUAAGAAAGCUAUGAUAGACAAGCUGCCACCACCGAGAACCCGUCAGAACAUCCCCGUCACGUUUACACCCCGUGUCUUCCCCACUCCGAUGAGAGAAUCCAGAGUACACGAAGAAGAUGAGUGGUUGAGGAAACAAGCCGAAGCAAGACGAAUGCCAGAGAUCGAUGAUGAAGAUCUUUCUCCAGAACAGAGGGAUCCAUUCUGGUUAAAAGAUAAAGGAGACUCAUUCUUCAAGGGAGGUAACUUCCAGGCAGCCAUCAAUGCUUAUAACACAGCAAUCAGGUUGAAUGGAAAAGUACCUGCUUUUUAUUCAAACAGAGGAGCUUGCCAUCUGAAACUGAGGAACUUCAUUAAAUGUGUUGAAGAUUGCUCAAAGGCUAUUGAAUUACUUACUCCACCUGUACCAGCUAAUGCCUCUUCUCGCCUCAGAGCUCAUACAAGAAGGGGCACAGCAUUCUGUGAACUAGAGCUCUACGCCGAAGGUCUUCAAGAUUAUGAAGCUGCUUUGAAGAUAGAACCUAAGAAUGAACAGCUCAGACAAGAUGCAGAGAGAAUCAGACAUGUCAUCCAGGGUACUAUGACCUAGGGUAACCUUUGACCCAGACGAGAGGUCAUGCUAUUUAUUGUUGAUGCUGAGAUGAUCUGAUGUGUCAUCUAGGUUACGAUGACAUAAGCUAACCUUUGCCCGCAACAAGAGGUCAUGCUAUUUAUUGUUGAUUCAGUAGAUCAGACAUGUCAUCUGGGAUACUACGAACUAAGGUAACCUUUGACCCCAAAAAGAGGUCAUGCUAUUCAUUCUUGAUGCAGAGAGGUUGAAACGUGUCAUCCAGGUUACGGUGACCUAAGCUAACCUUUGACCACAACAAGAGGUCAUGCUAUUUAUUGCUGAUACAGAGAGGAUCGGACAUGUAUAUCAUCUAAGAUACUACAACCUAAGGCAACCUUUGACCCAACAAGAGGUCAUGCUAUUCAUUUUUGAUGCAGAGGGGAUCAAACAUGUUGUCCAGGCUACUAUGACCUAAGCUAACCUUUGACCACAACAAGAGGUCAUGGCUAUUUAUUUUUGAUGCAGAGAGGAUCAAACAUGUUGUCCAGGCUACUAGGACCUACAUGUACAUGUACAUGUAAGGUAACCUUUGAUCCAACAAGAGGUCAUGUUAUUUAUUGUUAAUGCAUAGAGGAUCAGACAUGUCCAGGCUUCUAUGACCUAAGCUUAUCUGUGACCCAACAAGAGGUCAUGCUUUUCAUUAUUGAUGCAGUGAGGUUCGAACCUCUUUUCCAGGCUACUUUGACCUAGGGUAACCUUUUACCCCAAUAAGAUGCAGAGAGGAUCAGACAUUUCAUCCAAGGUACAGUGGUCUUUAUACCUCGGUGACAUUUGUUCUACGGCGGCCGUAGGGCGAGUCAAAAACGGCCGUUUUAUUCAUUUUUAUUCAAACCACCUAUAUGUAGCUGGUACACAAAAUGUUAAAACGACUGUUUUUGACCCGCCGUGCGGCCGCCGUAGAACAAAUGUGACCGAGGUAUUACUGUUGUAAGCUACUGCAAUAUCUUGCAUCUGAUUGGAUGAGAGAAAAUUGGCCUGGUAAAAUCACUUACAAAACCUUUUGUGAAACCUUCCCAUGUUAAGAAAAUGACUUUUACAUACUCAAUCCGGUUCUUGGUAUGAUCUUGCCCUGAAUUGCCUUGUCUCUGUUUUUUUGCAAAGUGGCAUGACCACUAUCCUUUUUGUGAUGCUGAUUAAAAAAAAAUAUAUAUUCUACUUCAGUCAAGCUUGCUUUACCUACCACCUGUCUGUAAAACCAAAAGGUUUGGUUUCCCGUGGUGGGUUUCCCCAUUAAAACAAGUACGGUAAUACAUGAACUUGUCCAUUAGACUUUUUGUCUCUGUUUAAUUGGAAGUCUUUAUAUACAUGUUUAAUAUAUCAGCAUUUUGCUAGCUCUGGCCUUAAAAUCAAGUAAAGCAAGUGAGAUUUGACAGGUGCAAUGUUUUGUGUAAGAUUUGCAUUAAAAUGAUAUGCACUCUACUGAACAUAUCAUGAAGUACUUGGAGAAUGUGGCUACUUUUUUAUUAACACUUGAGCGAUAUUUAUUUUUUAUUUCAGUACUGCUGGCAGUAUAACAGAUGUGUCUUUUCUUGUUGAAUUAUGUUUUCUUGUGCUCUACAUUUGGGUGACUUAUGUUGAUUUAUCUUGUUUCAUCUAAAGAUGAAGUGAAUGUAAACUAGUACCAGAAAUCUGAUUGACCUCAUUUUUUUUGGGGGGGGGGAGGGGGCAGUACUAGUUGACAGUGAAUUGGACAUCUUAAUAGUUUACUAAAAAUAAAAUUUUUGUUUUCAUUUUUGUCAUCAGUGAAGUUACACAGGCAAUUUUUUAUAAGCGUUGCUUCUAUAUACUGUAAAGUCUUCCUGACAGAAACAGAACUUAAAGACGUUCAAGGACUUGUACAGAAAUUCUUGUCUGUCUGUGAAACCUCGUUUUGCUGUUGUACAACUUUGUUCAAUGGUAAUUAUUUACAUAUCUUCCACCUCCUAAGUAUUAUUCUUUGUCCCGCCAAAAGUGUAUUAUACAAUGUCUAUUGCAGAAAAUAUGAAAGAAGAUGCUUUUUUAUCAUCUCUCAAAAAUAAUUCCAUUCUUUUUAUGAGAUUAGUAUCACUGUAAUCCAAAAUGCUGUAUUUAAAGAAAAUGGAAACAUUUUGCUAACACUGAUCAUUCUUUUAUCAUUGUUUUCACCCAUGUUAUACCCAUUUUUUUUCAAAGUAUGAAGAUGAAUAGGAAACUAAUUAUCAUUGCCAAUUUAAAGAGCAAAAGAAAAAUGUGCUCAAAGGAGGAUUAAAUAGUUCCAAUAUAUUUCCUUGUGCCGAGUGUAUCACUUUUAUCAACUAGUCAGAUAUUAGUCUGAUUUUUAUUGAAUUAUUAUAUAUUUGUAUAUUGUUCAUAUUAUUUAUUUCUAAAGUAUACAUGUAUGUUUGUAUAUCUGAAAGUAGAAUAGGAACUCAUGAAGUUACAGAGUAAAGGAGUGAUAUGAAUCAGUUAAGUCCUUUUUAGAUUUUUUUCUGGAUGAGACAUUAUUGGCAGAUCUGGCAUUAAUCUAUAGUUAGUAUUUGGUUUAUUGGAUUCCGACUAUUUCUUUUAAAAUAAAUUUUUGAAUGUAGCGUUGGAUUGUGCAUGUAAAUGACAGUGGUUUCCAUUUGCAGUAGGUUCAUUAUUGUAGAGAAAAAUCAAACAAAUACACAA